GCGACGUGCACUUCUUCGCCUUCCUCCCAAACCCAGCUUGGAGGUCGAACUCGUUCUCAUCAAUCUCCAGCAGCCACAUUCCUCGUGAAUCUAUUGUUCCCAUCAAUCUCCAGCGCUCGACUUCGCUGCAACUUCCCCUCAAUGCCGUCCCAACUUCCCUCCUUAAUCCAAAACCCUGAUCAGUGUUUUGUUUCUCCCAGUCUGCCGCCAACAAAUCCUUCGUCGCCGCUCAACCCGUCCGCCGCCAAUGAUUCCUUUCUCCGCCGCUGAAUCCGUCUCUGCCAAAUAAUCCUGCUCCGGCAUCUUAGCUCUGGUUAGUUCCCUCCCAUGAUCUGCCGCUGCCAAGUUUUUUUUUUUUUUUGGUUUCUCAGUUUGCAGCAUAUAUAAAAGGCUUCCUCAGUUCCAUAUGCUCUUUUAGUUGCUUGAAUUAGCAUGAAGAACAGGAUGGGUUUGGUGUUUUGAAGUUUGAACUGCUUUGAGUUGUUUGCUUUUGACCAUAUAUGUUUGGUGGUUUGAUUACAGUAAUGGGUGGUUUGGCAACCAUGUAUUGUAGAUUACAUGAAUUUUAGUAUAUCAUGUGUUUUUUAGAUGAGGUUGUGAGAAUUCAUGUAAUAAUAGAUUAUAUUGUUUGGAUUGUAUGUAUUCAUGGUGGGACACCAAUAAUAUCAUGAUAUUUGGCCAAAAUGAAACAAUGAACUCAUGUAAUGUGAGAGUUAGAUGUUAGAAUACAUGGUUACCAAACGACCCUAAGUAUUUAGUUGCCUCUGUAAGUAGAGAGGAUUAAAUUUGAUCAUACAUUUAGUUGCCUCUGCAUGUGGCUGAAUUAGCAUGAACAAAAUGAGUUUUUAGUAUUAAUUUGUUCUAAUGAUGAAAUGGGGCAAAAGGUCAGGGGACAUGAGGAACGCCCAAAAGAUUUGGUUUUUACGAGCUUUUCCUUAUGUUUUCUGGUUCUUCCCUCUCUAGAACCCUUUGGGCUCUUACGUCCAUGUUCACCUGGUUUAUCAUGGUGAUGAUAUGCCACUUACCCUUGGGUGCUCCGUUCUUGAUCACCAUGAAAUUCUAAUGACUUGGUUGACUGAUUCAUUUUCAGGUUUAGUAAUCAACUAGACAGGUUUCAUUUUCAGGUUCUAGUUUCAGAUUUACUAAAAAUCACAGCUAAACAAGUCUUUAUUUUCAGGUUUAUGCCUACUGCCGGAGUAUUAUGAAAUUUCUUUUCCCUCCAAAAUUCCGCAAUCCAACGGCCCACCCCGGGAAAUCCAAUCAACACUCUUUCCGAAAUUUAUCCUUCCUCCAUAUCAAUACCACCAAUCUUGAAAAGCUCCUGAAUCUUGUCGGCUGGACAAAAACCCUCCAACAUGCGACAGAAUUGCAUGCCAAGCUCAUCACCACCACCUCCAUUUCCUCCUCUGCUCUCUUCAACUCCCUCCUGUGCUGCUACUCUGAUUGUGGCAGAAUCGACCGGACCCUUCUCUUGUUCACUUCGAAUUCCGGUAGUGCGUCAAGGAAUGUGGUCUCCUGGACUUCAGUUAUCGCUCAGCUUUCUCGUUUCAAGAAGCCCUUGAUGACGUUGGAAGUCUUUAGUGAGAUGAGGAGGAAUGGCGUUUGUCCGAAUGAGUACACGGUCUCGGCUGUGCUGCCAGCUUGUGCAGAAAGCAAGGUUAUUCGACAUGGUGAGCAGGUGCAUUGCUUGGUUUGGAAAUGUGGGUUCGGGUCGGAUUUGUUUGUUGGAAGCGGGUUGGUUGAUGUGUAUGCCAAGUGUGGGGAGAUGGGUUCCGCGAACAAGGUGUUCGACGAAAUGUCGCACAAAAACCUUGUUACCUGGAACUCGAUGAUUGUUGGUUGUUUGAGGAAUAAAAGGUUCGAUUUUUGUAUUGUGUUGUUUAAGGAAGUCAUGAGGGAUGAGUCUAUGAGCCCUGAUCAAGUGACUGUUUCGAGCGUGUUGAGUGCUUGUGCUCAUGUAGGGUCUGCAGAAUUUGGAAGGUUAGUCCAUGGAAUUAUUAUCAAGUUUGGUCUCUUAAGUUUGGAUUAUGUGAGAAACUCGCUUAUGGAUAUGUACUGCAAGUGUGGUUUGCUUGAUUAUGCUGCUAGAACAUUUGAAAUUUCCUCAGACAAAGAUGUUGUUGGCUGGAAUGUAAUGAUAAGAGGGUGCUCGUUCAGCUAUCACUUUGAAGAAGCUUACAGCUAUUUUAAUACUAUGAAGAGGGAAGGAGCAUCUCCUGAUGAGUCAUCGUACUCUUCUGUCCUCUACGCAUGUGCUAGUUUGGCAACACUCAAUCCAGGACUUCUUAUCCAUGGUCAUAUCAUAAAAUCUGGGUUUUCAAAAUACCCUUUUGUAGCUAGUUCAUUGAUCACAAUGCACUCAAAAUGUGGAAGCUUUAUCAAUGCAUCACGCACAUUCAGGGAGAUUGAGACUCAAAAUGUUGUUUGUUGGACUGCCAUGAUCGCUGCUUGCCAGCAACAUGGUCACGCAGAAAAAGUCAUCGAACUAUUUGAUGAAAUGGUGGGUGAUGGGAUUAAGCCAGAUGACAUUACCUUCAUUUGUGUUAUAUCAGCUUGUAGCCAUACUGGUCGAGUGGAAGAAGGAUACAAAUACUACAACUCAAUGAUACAUGAGCAUGGUUUGAGCCCUAGGCUUGAACACUAUGCUUCCAUGGUGGACUUGCUUGGGCGAGCAGGCCGACUCAAGGAAGCUCGAAAGUUCAUAUUGGAAAUGCCAAUCGAACCAGAUUCAGCAGUCUGGGGAGCAUUGCUAGGAGCGUGCUCGAAUCAUGGAAAUAUCGAAAUGGGUAAAGAAGCAGCAGCCAGGCUUUCGGAUAUGGAACCAAACGACCCAGGAAACUAUGUCCUGCUUUCUAACAUGUAUGCUAGGAAUGGUAAGUUAAAGGAAGCAGAUCAAGUUAGAAGAUUGAUGGGUACCAAAGGGGUCAAAAAGGAUCCUGGGUGUAGUUGGGUCGAUGUUAAAAACUCAACCUACGUGUUUACAGCUCAUGAUAGGUCACAUCCUCGGACCGACGAAAUCUACGAGAUGUUGCAGAAAAUUGAGGAGUUGGUGAAGAAGAAAGGGUAUGUAGCUGAAACUCGACAUGCAAUGAAUGAUUCAGAUGCUUAUAAGGAGCAGAGCUUGUGGGUUCAUAGUGAGAGAUUAGCCCUUGCAUUUGCUCUUCUUGUUCUUCCUUGUGGUGCUCCGAUUCAGAUAAAGAAGAACCUGAGAACUUGUGGGGAUUGUCAUACGGUUAUGAAGCUCGCUUCCGAGAUAUUUGAUAGAGAGAUCAUUGUUAGGGAUGUGAACCGGUUUCACAAGUUUGCUAAUGGUUUGUGUUCCUGCAAAGAUUAUUGGUGAAUAUUUUCACCUGUUUUCUUAGCAGAGUUAUAUCUCCCUUGUUGCCUUGGUGAUUUUUAAGGAUGAUUGUUGGGUUUGAUGAAAUUCGGGUUAGAUAAGAUCAUGAAGGAGAGGAAUUCUGUGCACAUUCCAGUCUCUUGCAGGUAUAAAGUUCCGAGGUCAAUUUUGUGCCAGAAUUCUGUCUUUCUGUUGAUUGAUUGAGCUUCUGGGCUCUCUUUUUCACGAGUGCUUCAAUACCAGCAAUGGGUUCUCGUUCAUUUUUUCUAAUGUGAGGAUUGGAUCCUUCGUCUCUUUUUCAAUUCCACCAUGCAUUGCGCUGCAGUUUUCAUUUCUGUUUUGGGAUAUUUCAUGCUUUUUUUCUGUCGAAUUUUGCUGAUUCUGGUCCAGUUUUUCUGGAUUUGUGUGGAUUGGAUUGUCAAUAAAUUCCUAGGAUUUUGUUCUGUUUUAUGAAAUUCCGUUUGUGUGGAUGAGAAUUGAAUUGCGAGGAUUCUUUUUUCUCUCUGAGGAUAUUGAUAUUGUUCUGUUUAUGACUGUUUGGUUUUGGGUGCUUUACUGUAAUGCUUGUUGGAAAUGGAGAAUCACUUGGCUUCUAACCUUCUUUUGCUGCUGAUUUUAAUCAUUCUUUUGUUUCAGUUACUAUGGGGAGCUCUAUUGGCAAUCUGAGAAGCUGAAAAUCUAUAUUACUGGAGCUGGUGGUUUCAUUGCCUCUCACAUAGCGAGGAGUUUCAAGAGUGAAGGUCACUACAUUAUUGCCACCGACUGGAAGAAGAAUGAGCACAUGAAAGAAGGCGUGUUCUUUCAUGAAUUCCAUCUUGUGGAUCUUAGGGUUAUGAAUAAUUGCUUGAAGGUUACCAGAGGUGUGGACCAUGUCUUCAACUUGGGUGCUGAUAUGGCGGGAUGGGAUUCAUUCAGUCCAACCAUUCUGUUAUCGUGUACAACAAUACCAUGAUCAGCUUCAACAUGCUUGAAACCUCUAGGAUCAAUUGGUAUCAAAAGGUUGGUUACUUGUUCCCUUAGUUUCGUUUGUUCCCUUAUAAUGGGUUGAAAUUCCUUAGGUGGGGUUUUGAAUUCAUAAUUGAUUUUGGAUGAUGAUUUAGGUUUGUGUAGAAUCUUUUAUGCCUCUAGUGCAUUUAUUUAUGCCGAGUUUAAACAUCUGGAGGCAAAUGUGAGCUUGAAGGAAUCUGAUGCCUGGCCUGCAGAGGUUGGUUUACUUUUACACCAAGGACUUUGGCAUUGAAUGCUGUGUUGGAAGGUUCCACAACAUUCAUGGUCCUUUUGGAACAGUGAAGGUGAGGCUUGGAAACAACAACAGUUGUAAGUUGUAACUUAAUUAUCUGCGUCUAGCUUCACUAAUGUGUCGAUUGAUUGUAUUUAAUAAUUAAGUGGCAGGGAAAACGCACCAGCUGCCUGCUGCCGAAGGGCGCUUACGCUAGUGAUAAGUUCGAGAUGUGGGGAGAUGCACUCCAAACUCGAUCUUCACCUUCAUUGAUGAAUGUGUGGAAGGUGUGCUCAGGUAAAUACCUCAGAUCUCCUUUAAGGUUGUCAUAACUAUUGGGUGGGUGCAUUUGAAUAGUUUAAAUUCGCAACAACAUGCCAAUGAACAAAUGUCUGGUUUUCUUUUUGGUUGACGCUUUUAAUGCAUUUGCAUACAAUUUGGAAUUGCACAUGCACAAAUGCAUCGGGAUGAUGCAUUCUCAUAUACUUCGUGAUGGAUAAAAGCCACUGUGUUACCAGUCACCCAUAGCAAGGACUUGUACUUCUCUUUGUACUUCUAUCAGGAAAUUAGAUUGAAAGACCUUACCACACUCAAUGCAAGAAAAUAGGGCUAACACUCCUAUGCUGCGCGGAUGAUUUGAUGAUAUUCACCGAGGGUCUGCACAUGCUUUGAGUUGUGUGAAGCAAAUACUGCAUCAUUCCUUUCAAAAAAAAAAAAAAAAGCAAAUACUGCAUCAGUUCUCUGUCUAAUCUGGCUUGCAUUGUAAUCCAAAAAAAUGUGAAGUAUUCUUUUUCAGGUUCGUCAAUUGAUUUUAAGGAUAAUGUUGUCAGGGUAACUAGUUUCAAGGAGGGAAAACUCCCUGUUCAAUAAUUGGGGCUUCCUUUGAUUUCAGGUAGAUUGUCAAGUAGGGAAUGUAAUUUACUGGUGGACAAAAUUACAGGCAAAAUUUAACGGCAAGCUAAUAAGCUAUCCUACGUUGGAUAACUGCAGCUUAUCUCAUCAGUGUUGCUGUCAGUGGUACAAUAUUGGAUGUCUAUCUUUGUAUUACCAAAAGAAGUUAUCACAAUAAUUGAGAAAGUGUGCUCGGAUUUCCUUGGUUUGGCGAUGGUUCUUUUAAGGCCAAAGUAGCAUGGGAGAUUGUGGCUACCCAAUCAAAUAGGGUGGUCUAAGUCUAAAAGUCUAUACCACUUGGAACAUAGGUUUUGUAUCUAGACCUAUUUAGCAGUUUUUGGAAAUCUCUACAACCCUUGGCCACAUACCUGGAACUGGAACCCACCAUUUCAAGGAUGAGCACUUUGGCUAACUCCUAUUGGUGCAGUAGGGAGAGUAGGGAGUUUGAUGUGGUGUUGAACUAUUGCUCUAUUGUGGAAAGAAAGAUGAAAUCGAUUGCUUGGUGCUGUUGGAAGGACUUGGCAGGUUAUUGAGUUUGUUAGAAUAAAAUAUGCGAGUAGAU